UUGCUGCCGCGAGAGACAGGUAAGGCGAAACAGUUCCGAUCCGACCGCAGAGCCGACACCACGUACUUUCGCGCAGUGUACCACGAGUGUGUGCCCCAACGCAGCGCUAUAAGGUGGCUGGCGCGAUACCGGUUUUCGAGCUGAUACAACAUACAUUGAAUAGUAUAAAUCCGAAAUGUAAUUGAGGACCAAGAAUCACCUUUGUUAACGGCGUGCGAUUCCAUUUUUCACGUUGGAUACUCAGCUGAAGUACUUUCAGCAAUUUUAAUAUUACACCUUUAGACCAAACGAUAACAUGGCUGCGAGGAACCUCACUCCCCAGCAGGGACUGGGCUUCUUUGGGCUGCUAAUCCUGCUCUGCUCGGCGGUUUUGGGCAAGUCGCAAAUGUGCGAAGUGGAAACGGGGCAGACGAACAUCAUUCUGGACAUCGAGGAGAGCCGGGAGUCGUUCAUCGGACAGCCGACCACUCCGCCGGAGCUGCCCAUCUUCGGCGAUCCGGAGACGGAGAUCGCCCUGAACCUGGUCUUCCCCAAGGGCCAGCCCAUCUUCCAGCUGAACGGCAAGAAGCUGCAGCUGCUGCAGCCCCUGGAUCGCGACGAGGAGAACCUCAGCCACAUCGUCUUCCAGGUCUCCUGCACCACCAGGUCCACGAGCAAGAAGCGCACCAUUCCCAUUAUUGUUCGGGUGUCGGACAUAAACGACAAUGCGCCGCGCUUCAUGAACACGCCCUACGAGGUCACCGUUCCCGAGAGCACUCCGGUGGGCACGACCAUUUUCCGGAACAUUCAGGCGCUCGACAAGGACGCAGGCGUCAAUGGGCUGGUCGAGUACUUCAUAGCCGAGGGCAGUGCCAACUCCACCGAUGCGGAGAAGUACAGUGCGGAUGGGUACGGCACCUUUGCCAUAUCGUUUCCCCACCAGGGUCAAGUUACGGUGGCCAAGACGUUGGACUUUGAGAAGAUUCAGACGUACUAUCUCACCAUUGUGGCCUCGGACCGAGCUCGGAAUACGGCAGAUCGUCUUUCCUCGACCACAACGUUGACGGUCAACAUAGCCGACUCAAACGACUUGGACCCAUCGUUCAUCUACAGCGGAUGCGUUUCGCUGGACGGCGCCUGCAUAAAUCCGGAGUACUCCGCAUCCGUGCCGGCUGGAUCCCUGCUGGGCGUUCUCACGGUGCUGCCCGAGAGGAUUCAGGCAGUGGACCUGGACACCAUAAACUCGCCCAUCCGCUACAGCUUCGCCAGCGGGAUGCCCGGCAACUACGCCGACUACUUCCAGAUUGAUGAGAGCACCGGCGUGCUAAAGCAAACGAAAGCUGUGGACACAUCCACAGCGAAGAAGUAUGACAUCAUAGUGAAAGCGGAGGAGGUUUCGCCGGGAGCCCAGCGCUUCACAACGGCCAAGCUGGAAAUCUUCGUGAAGCCAGUGGACGCCAAUCCGCCCGUGAUAUCAGCGUCCCAGGCGGAGGGCUAUGUGGACGAGAACUCGCCCAUUGGCACCAGGGUCUUGGACGCGCACGGUAACCCGAUAUCGUUCAUGACCACAGACGCCGAUCUGAGUGACAGCGAUCCGAAGCCGGACUACAUAUACGAGCUGACCACGCCGUCCUUCAAUGUGACCAGCGAUGGCAUCUUGGUGGUGAACGAGGACAACCUCGAUCGCGACCCUCCGGCGCCAGGACGUUUCAAGUUUCAGGUGGUGGCCAGGGAACCGAGAACCAACGCGGCCAGUGCGCCGCUGAGUCUCACGGUCCAUCUGCGGGAUGUGAACGACAAUGCGCCCAAGCUGGCCAUGGUGGCGCCCAUCUCCAUCACAGCCGGGGAUCAGAGCGAGAGUCGGCUGGUCACCCAGGUCACGGCCACCGACAACGACGAGGGUCCCAAUGCCGUGGUGACCUACUCCAUCUACCAUGUGUCUAACAACGGCAUCCAGAAGUUCACCAUCAACGAGACGACGGGCGAGAUCAGGACCCAGGGACGCCUGCUGGCCGGGGAGCAGUACAGCAUCACGGUGCAGGCCACCGACAUCGGAGGACUCUCCUCCCAAGCGAUCGUUGAGGUGAGCGUGACCCCGGGACCGAACACGAAGCCACCGCGCUUCCAGAAGCCCAUCUACGAGGUCCAGGUCAGCGAGGGAGCGGAGAUCAACUCCACGGUCACAGUGGUUCACGCCGAGGAUCCCGAGAACGAUGCGGUGGUCUACUCCAUCAUAUCGGGCAAUGAUCUGCGGCAGUUCGCCGUGGGUCAAGAGAGUGGCGUCAUCAUAGUGAUAAGAAAGCUGGACCGCGAGAGUCUGACCCGCUACCAACUGAUCCUGAAGGCGGAGGAUACGGGAGGUCUCUCCAGCAGCGCCACCGUCAACAUCAAGGUGACGGACAUCAAUGAUAAGAAUCCGGAGUUCGAGGCCUCCACCUUGCCGUACGUCUUCCAAGUGGAGGAGGGCAAGGCGCAGGCCUCUGUGGGAGUGGUGCACGCCACCGAUGCCGAUGAAGGUAUCAAUGCCGAGAUCACCUACUCCAUACCCACCGACAUACCGUUCACCAUCAAUGCCACAUCGGGGGAGAUCCUAACCGCCAAGGAACUGGACUACGAGCAGCUGAACGAGUACAAGUUUGUGGUGACCGCCAAGGAUGGAGCUCCGGAUGCGCGACUGGGCACUGCCAGUGUUACGGUGAUGGUGCUCGACCUUCCGGACGAGGUGCCCAAGUUCAGCGAUGCCCGCAUCGAUGUCCACAUUCCGGAGAACGAGGAGAACUUCCUGGUGGCCACCGUGCAAGCCUUCGAUCCCGACUCCAUGCCGGAGAUCACCUACGUGCUCCGGAAGGGCAACGCGGAGCUCUUCAAGGUUGCGGAGAAGAGCGGAGAGGUGAGGACCAUCAAGGGAUUGGACUAUGAGAGCCAGAAGCAGCACCAGCUGACCAUUGGAACCAUAGAGAACGAUGGCGACGGACCAGGCGACACAAUCCUACUGGUGGUGGAUGUGGAGGAUCGCAACGAUCUGCCCCCGCGGUUUAUAACCGUUCCCGAUCCCGUGACCGUGAAUGACGACCAGGGCAUAGGCACCAUUAUAGCCACUCUGCCCGCCAUCGAUGGCGACGGCACCUCACCCGGAAAUGUGGUACGCUACGAGAUCGUGGGACGCGGCAAGGCGCCCAAGUACUUCCAAGUGGAUCCGGACACCGGCGCAGUGCGCAUUAGGGAUGAGCUGCGCAAAGAGGAGGAUACGGAGUACCAGGUGGACAUACGGGCAUAUGACCUGGGGGAACCCCAGCUGAGCUCGGUGGCUCCGCUGCGCGUCGAUGUACACCAUCUUUUGUCCAGCGGCAACAAUGAAAUCAAAUUGGACAAUAAGCUCGAAAGUGGAAUGGGCAUGAGUAGUGAAAGCAUAGGCCUGGCCUUCAGCGACGACAGCUACACCACCAGUGUGCCGGAGUCAAUGGAAGCCAACAGCACCCUCAAGCUCAUUCAGAUAGUGAACUCAAAGACAUCUGCCGCCGGGCCGCCGGCAUUCAGGUGUGAAUUCGUGAGUGGCAAUGAGGGGGGCAUCUUCAAUCUGAGCUCCGCCGAUCAUGGUUGCAACUUGCUGCUCAUCCAGCCCUUGGACUUCGAGAACAAGACCGCGUACACGCUGCAGUUGCGGCUGACAUCCCACCGCUACUUCGUCAAUCCCCUGAAGGACACCACCACCGUGGAGAUCAUAGUCCAGGAUGAGAACGACAAUGCGCCGGAGUUCGAGUUCAAUAGGCUGCGCGGCCAGCAAGACACUUUCUACACGGUGGUGACGGAGGAAAUGGAUGUUGACACAACCAUUUUGCAGGUGCGAGCCACAGAUCGUGAUUCGGGGAGAUUCGGAACCGUUCGCUACGCUCUCUACGACGAUGAUGAAAACCGGGUUAACGCGCCCACUAGCUUCUUUGUGAUGUCCGAAGACACUGGAGUUCUGCGAACUGCCAAGCAUUUCAAGAACGAGAACGACUUUCCACUCACAUUCUUGGUGGAGGCCCGUGAUAGCGAUGGUCAGGAGCAGGGAUCCCAUCGCACGCGGGCCAGGAUAGUGGUCAACAAACUGGCGGACAUCAAUCGCAUGGCACUAUCCUUCCCGAAUGCAGCGCCCAGCGAUCUCCGCAACUACUACACUGAGCUGGAGGAGCUGCUGGACAAGAAGACCGGGCUGGUCAGCGGCAUCGAGCGGAUGAGCAGUCAGAAGUACUUGGCCAAGAACGGAUCGGUGAUCGAGAACCCGGCUGCUACGGACAUUUGGUUCUACCUCAUCGAUCCCAAGACGGAGCAGCUCGUCAGCCGCAAGGACAGCAUUGUGGAGACCACUUUGCUGGAACCAGCUGCGCGAUCGGAGCUGAACAUCGCCCUGCCCAGAGCCACAGCCGAGAAUAUAUCCUUUCCCCUGGAAAGAAAGGAACACGUGCACAAGGUCAAAGCCGCCGUAGCCAUCGACAACGAAGUCUUCCCCUUCACUCUUAUUGCCAUAUCACUCGUUAUACUCAUCCUGGGCACGAUCGGCAUCAUUUACAUAUGCAUUUCGUGGUCAAAAUACAAGAACUUCAAGCAGCGCAUGCGCCAGUACUCCUCCACGAAUCCUCCUCGCUACGAUCCAGUGAUCGUUAACCAGCAGGCCUCGAGUGCCAGCGAAACCAUAGCCAACUUGAAGGAGUACGAAACCCAGAUGCUAGCCAUGGCAGUGCCGCCGGAUGUGGACGACGACCUGCAGCUGGACUUCAGUGCCAAGAACCACGCCUUCUCGCUGGACAAUGUGAGCUACAUAACGCACAAGGAGAACACCAACGGAGGCGGCCAGUCCAGUCCCUCCCACUCGGAUGCCACCACGGCCACCAUAGCCACUCUGCGCCGCCAUAAGAAUCUCAACAAUGCCAACAUGAACAACAACCUGGCCAUCAACAACAGGCAGAACACGUUCAACAGAACCCUGGAGAUGAACACCCGCAACAACGCCAAUCCGCUGGGAUCGCCGCCGAACGGAGCCCUCUCGGGCACCUUGACCUUGGGCCGCAUCAAGCACCAGAACAGCAACCACUACCAGAACGGCGCCUACAACAUAGACCCAACCGGGCCCAACAACAUGGCCAAUGCCAAGAACAAUGCCUACAGCACGAUGGGCAGGCGGGGCAACACCUUCGGCGACGUGGGUCUGCUCAAUGGCAAUGGGGAACUGAUGAACGCCACCCUGGGUCGGAAUGGCCAGCUCAACAAUCGCCUGUACGGCGGGGAGGUGCCCAUCACCAACCCGCUGUUUCAAAGAUCCAGUUCCGAUCACAACCACCUGAGCAGCACAAAUGAGAACGUCUCGUUCGGCAAGAGGGACUACGGCCAAAUAGGCUUCUCCUAUCUGAACGACUUGGACAGGUCGGAGGUGGAGACAACAACGGAACUGUAGGGAAUACAAUAGGAUUAUUCUGGUUUCGACAUAUUACAGACUUGUUAAUAUAUUUAGCUGCCAAUUUGUAAUUUUAAUAGUGCAUUUUAACAACGAGAGCGGUUGCCAUCAAUCUAUGAUCAUAGCACAUGCAAUCUGUAAAUAUCUGAGUGGAGAUGCAGAGUGGAGGAACUGAUAACUGAUAUAUUUAACUGUGCUUAAGAUCAAAUAAUUACAGUCAUUACUUUUAAGCGAACGCAGAGUGCAUAUUCCCCAUAUAUCUACGAGACCGCCAGACGCAGGCGUUUUAUGUAAGAAUUGUUGAAUAAAUGUGCGUGCAUUAAUAUAAAGUGUAUAAACUAUGGAAAGCCAAUAAAUGUAAAUAAAUAUAACGUGAAUCCGUAGAUUUAAACUAAA